AUGUUGACGGAGGCGGUGGUAGUGCCGUGGCUGCAAUGGAAGCGAUACGCGCAUGCAUAUCCGUCGCCAAACGACGACGUCCCCCUUGAGCGACUUGACCGGCCGAUGUUCGGAAUACGCAGUGAACACAAAGUGGCGUCGAGUGACGGGAGACAAGCGAGCGGACCUUGCUGCGACAGUCUGGUCGACUGGCCGGCCAACUGCUUCUGUGACUCGCUGUGCGUGCGUGCAUGCCUACGACCGCCCCUACGCAGGCAAGCAUUGGUCACCGGGUCGAGUGCUCACCCGGUUUCGCGUAACCGCUACUCUUUCCUACUUUACUAUCGUCUCUCUUUAGCUAACUGGCUCGGCUGGCACAUAACACCGCUGCCGCCCCUUCGCCUGCCUUCCUAUUUGGUCAAGGCCGAUGACACUGACUGGGGCGUCAGUUUUUUUUUGCUUUUUUGUACCCAGAAUUACCAGCCAAGCGAUCGAUCGACCUACCGACAGGCGGACGGGCUGACGGGCGAAAAGACCGGUGGGAUGGGCGAUCGGACAGACGACGGCUCGGUUAGUCGGGCUGUCGGCCGGUCGGGCGGUAUUUUUUUAAAGUUGAACUUUGCCACAGCGUCAGGCGCCGCGGUUAGGCGCGACGACGUGUCUGAGCCUGGACAGGUAUCUGUCAAUGGUCCUCGACCGGAUGGAGGAGGGGAAACUUUUGCGUGGCACGCACGGAAUGACUUGAAUAAAAAACACCGUGCUUCCCUCAUUCUUGAGGAUGCAAGUGCAAGGUAA